UUCUUAUCCGAGCAUAGCCGACGAUGACGUUACAAAUCGCGAGAUCCAGCCCGUGUGGAUAAGGAGCUCUCUACAACUCACGCUGGUUUCCUUCAGUCGGGGCAGGCGGGACUGUGUUGGGGCCAGUUUGGCAGGAAUAGACGCCGUUCUUGAAGGGCGUCCGGCGUCUCCAGAAUCGUGGAAAGCGACCACCGUUCAGUGGGCGACUCUGGUGACGGCUAUAAAAAGGGCAAGUUGGGACAGGGAUAGGUUAAGGAGCUUUUCUUGUAUUGCUAGAGAUAGAAAAGAGAGAGAGAGAGAGAGAGAGAGAGAGAGAGAUUGUGACCAGCAUGACGAGCAUGGAGAAGUUUGGUGGCGGUGGUGGUGGUGAGGCUGAGAAGCUUUCUGGGCUCAACAGAUAUGCCGGUGCUUGUUGCAUCGUUGCGUCCAUGAUCUCCAUAAUUUUUGGCUAUGACACUGGUGUCAUGAGUGGGGCCAUGAUCUUCAUAAAAGAGGACCUCAAGAUAAACGACACGCAGGUCGAAAUCCUCGCCGGAAUCCUCAACUUUUGUGCCCUUUUUGGCUCUCUCAUCGCCGGAAGAACGUCUGACUACAUCGGUCGCCGUUACACCAUUGUUCUUGCCUCCGUCAUCUUCUUACUCGGUUCAGUCCUGAUGGGCUAUGGGCCGACCUACGCGAUCUUGAUGACCGGGCGGUGCACCGCUGGCGUCGGGGUGGGCUUCGCCCUGAUGAUCGCACCUGUGUACUCUGCAGAAAUCUCCUCCGCCACACACCGAGGAUUCUUAAGCUCUUUGCCGGAGAUAUGCAUAAGCAUAGGGAUCUUGCUCGGCUAUGUAUCGAAUUACUUUUUUGCGAAAUUGACCCUAAAGCUAGGGUGGAGGAUGAUGCUAGGUGUCGCGGCCAUCCCUUCCCUCGCCUUGGCAUUCGGGAUCCUCAAGAUGCCUGAAUCGCCAAGGUGGUUGGUAUUGCAAGGCCGGCUGGCUGAGGCGAAAAGGGUCUUGCUCCAAGUUUGUAAUUCGGAGCAAGAAGCGGAAACCCGAUUCCAUGACAUAAAAAUAGCAGCUGGGAUCGACGCGAAUUGCAAGGAGGAUGUUGUCAAGCUCCCGAAGAAGACUCGCGGCGAAGAUGUAUGGAAGGAGCUCUUGCUGAGGCCCUCACCCUCAGUGCGGUGGAUCUUGUUGGCCGCGGUCGGCAUCCAUUUCUUCGAGCACGCGACAGGGAUCGAAGCAGUCAUCCUUUACAGCCCGCGGAUUUUCAAGAAAGCCGGAGUCACCAACAAGAAAAAGCUCUUGCUUGCCACGGUUGGCGUCGGCCUCACAAAGGCCACAUUCAUAAUAACAGCCACGUUUUUGCUCGACAGAGUUGGUAGGAGGCGAUUGCUCCAAGUGAGCUCAGUAGGGAUUAUCGUCGCCCUAACCGGAUUAGGGUUUUGCUUGACGGUGGUGGAGCAUGCCAAGGAACAGCUCUUGUGGGCUCUCGUCUCGAGCAUCGUCGCCACGUACACGUACGUGGCCUUCUUCUCCAUCGGGAUCGCCCCGGUCACCUGGGUCUAUAGCUCCGAGAUAUUCCCGCUGAAGCUGAGGGCUCAGGGGAUGGGCAUCGGCGUCGCAGUGAACCGGCUCAUGAACGCGAUCAUUUCGAUGACUUUCCUCUCGAUGUCGGAGGCCAUGACCAUCGGCGGGACCUUCUUCAUGUUUGCUGGCAUGGCCGUGCUGGCUCUGGGAUUUUUCUAUUUCUUAUUGCCCGAGACGAAAGGCAAGCCCUUGGAAGAGAUUGAGAUGCUCUUCACCAGGAAGAACAGUAAGGCCAGGAACAGAGGGAUAGAGAUCCAGCCGAACAGUGUCUAGUGGAGUCUGUAGACGUUUGAAGUAGUGUGGUAUAUUUCGUAGCAAAUACGUAUUUGACAAGUUUCCAAAACUUGGACAUAUAAAAGCGCUGAAGCUGUGAGUUAUA